GCUCGCGCUCACGUAAGUCUCGUGAAUCUCUCGUAAAGCGUAGCCUCGCGAGGUCGCCGAGUGGCGGCGCGUCAGUUCAUUCAAGAUGGCUACGUUGGAUCAAUGAAACGCGAGUAAUCGUAGUGAAAACACAAAUUGACAAGUGUGCGGGCGAACAUCGCGGCUUGAUCGCGGUGUAAAUGGACUAUGGGCAAGGAUCAGGAGCUGCUCGAGGCAGCGAGGAGUGGCAACGUCACCGUGGUCGAGAAGAUCCUCGGUCAGCGAGCCAAGAGGAGUGGUCCACUGGCAAGUUUACGUCGAGGACCAGGAGCUAAUGUGCAAGAUGCCAGUGGAUACUCAGCUCUUCAUCAUGCAGCUUUGAAUGGACACAGAGACGUGGUCAGAUUAUUGCUCCAAUAUGAGGCUUCCACCAAUGUCGUUGACGCUAAGGGUUCCUCGCCGCUUCAUUUGGCAGCUUGGGCGGGUGACGCGGAAAUUGUACGAUUAAUUCUCAGCCAAGGUCCGUCAGUACCGAAAGUGAAUCUUGCGACAAAGGAUAAUGAAACCGCACUACAUUGUGCCGCACAGUAUGGGCACACGGAAGUGGUGGCACAGCUGUUGCAGUACGGAUGCGACCCUAGUAUCCGUAACAGCCGCGGAGAAUCUGCGCUUGACCUGGCUGCACAAUAUGGCAGAUUGGAAACUGUGGAGUUACUCGUGCGAACGCACCCCGAAUUAAUCGAAUCACUUCGUAAUUCUUCCUCAUCUUUGAUCUUCCCGCAUACACCUUUGCAUUUAGCUUCACGCAAUGGUCACAGAGCGGUCGUGGAGGUCCUUCUUGCCGCUGGAGUUGACGUCAAUACGAGAACGUCAGCAGGUACCGCGAUGCACGAAGCCGCGCUCUGCGGCAAGAUGGAAGUUGUACGGGCGCUUUUAGAUCGUGGGGUGGAUUUGGGCAUUAGGGAUUCUCGACAGAACACGGUGCUUGAUCUUCUGGGACAGUUUCCGCCGCACGUCACUCAAGAUAUCACGGCGGUGAUAAAAAGACAUCGGUCUUCUUCCGGUGUGGAAAGCGACGCCGACAGCGAGAACUUGCCGCCAAUUCCAGUGCAGGGUGGCGAUUCAUUGGGCAGCCCCUACGAAAAUGUUCGUCCGGGGGAUGAUCUUUCCCCGGCGGAAGGGACAUCUCCUACUCAAUGGCAAUUUUAUCAUAAGCCUCGGGACGACGAUCGUCGCGUUUCCGGUACUUCUUUUGAAGAUGAGCAGAACGAGGAACUAAUGAACGAAGUACAGAGGGUCCUCCAGCAGACAGAGGAUUCCGACCUCAGUUCCGUCUUCGACAGCGUCUUUAUGUCCUUAUCCGACACUCUCAACUCUAUAAAUACUCUCGAAAGUUCCGACCAAACCCCUGAAGAUAUACCACAAAACACUACCAAACGAACAACAUUAUCACUCGACACUACACGGGGCUCCGAUAACGGAUUGUACCAAACUCCACCCGUGCCACGCGGCACAAUGGAGGGUAGUUUCGUGUCGGAGGACCUGUCCUUGACAUUGCCCAUGGGAUACGGGGGCAGAGAAUCCGACCAAUUGAGCGUGUCGUCAUCCUCGAGCGUUGGCGGACCGAGCCCACGGGAUCGUCGUUGUUUGCCCAACGAUUCCAGCGCUGCUGGGAUUUACUUGCCAAUGGCACCUCUGUCCAGUUCGCUACACAGUCCUGCUUCCAACAGUAAAGUCUCGCCGACACCGCCCAAGAAACCACCGAGGCGAAAUCUUUCGGUGUCCCCGACGCAUCUGCAGACACAAAUGUCUUUAUCCGCUGACAGUUCGGUGGGUCCGAGUAAUUACGAAUACUUAUUCCUAGCGCGCAGCGGGGCGCGUAGUCACAUCGAUCUCGAGCAGUUGCAAAAACGACGCGAGCAAUUGCGACAUGUCACUCGAAGCGUGGACCAGUACGUAGAAAUGAAAUCACGGCUGGUCGGAAAUGCCGAUGAGAAACGUGAUCCCAACGUGGAGCCAGUGGCCAUAACGUCUAUCUACGAAAAUCGACCGAUCAAGAUGUUGAAUCCGCGAAGAAAAUUACGCAGACACGCCUACGAGAGUUACGAACCAGAGAGCAGCCCGUGCACCGACAAGUCACCCUGCAGUGACGGCGACGCAGCUAUUCAGGAACAAACGUUCGUGUCGAAUGCCUUUCUCACCCUGAAGUCUUCCCAGGAAAGUCUCCUCGACGAGAAGCGCGAAAUCAUGGACGGACAGUCCGUGCCGGAGAAUCGCGAAGCCACCGACAAACGUCUCAAACGCGUGCAAAUGAUGCUACCGACCAGUCCCACGCAUUACGUUCAACCACCAACUCCCGAUCAUCCACCACCGUCCGCUAUGCAAGCGGAAAAGUCUAUUCAUGAGCGCAUUCGUCCACUCAGCCAGGUGUACAAGCGAAGAUCUCGCGACAUGGAGACGGAAACAGAUGAGGAUCUGCUGCAGUUUCCCACCGCUGGAUCACUGGACGCGUCAAGCGGUUCGCUAUCCAGCGUAUCUCUGUCCGACAAGAGCAUGUCCACGGACAAUGUCGAGGAAUACUUCGGUGACGUGCCGUUCGCAGGUUUGUUAAAGGGCUCCGUCACGGCUGAACGGCCGCGUACUUUGCGCCGCUUGCGGAACGUCUACGGUCAGACCGCAUGCGGGAUGGGGACCGGCAGCGACGGCGGGAGUGGAGAUCGUCUCGAGGACGGUGAAGUUGCCUUUCGACUUUCUGGCGACCGGGAUCGCGACAGGGACGAGAAGUCCCUCAGUAUAAUGAGUCCCUUCGACGAGCAGGAGGAAUGGGCGAAGAUCUCGGAGAUUAUGGCAUCGUUCGGAACUGGUCUCGUGCGAGAAUCGGUGUUUGUCAGCGAGCUCGAGAAAGAAUUUCAAACGAGGCUAGGUUUAAGUUCAGAAACUAGCAGCAGUCCUAUCGUUUCCACAUCCGUGGGUCAAUGGCUGUCCAGCUUAAAUCUAGCUGAUUACGAGUCUCUCUUCGUCAACUAUGGCUUCGACGAUCUCGAGUUUAUAAACGGGGUGUUGGACGAGUCGGAUUUGCGCGACAUGGGAAUCGGCAGCGAUCAAGAACGAGCGAUGAUCGUGGACGCGGUCGGGUUGCUGAACAAACGAGUGGAAAAGCGCAGCGGCGGUCACGGCCAAUCGGUGGAGGAGUGGCUGAAGAGCAUCCACCUGGAAAAUUAUGCGGAGACGUUUAGAAAGCAUCUGUACACCGACAUGGAUCGGGUCAAACGAAUCUGGGAGGUCGAACUGGCGGCGGUCCUGGAGAUCCAGAAGCCGGCGCAUCGCAAACGCAUUCUUGCCUCCGUGAAUAAUCCGAAUAGUGCACGUGCGGAAACUCGAAAUGGCACGGGAACGAACUUGGAAGACUUGAAUAAGGAUCUCAAUACGUUGAAGACGAACAUACAGCAACUGAAGGAGGAGAUACGAGAGAAAUUGCCGGAAGCGACUGUAGACGGUAACGGUGGCACAUCGAUAACCGCCGGAACGAAUUCGGCAGCCACGGGUACAUUAAGGCACCGUAAAAACAGGCCGGCGCCCCAGCCACCCCAACGACCUAGUUCGCAUAAUGGGACGAUCUCGGCGCCGGAACAGCUCGAAAUCAGAGCCCCGUCCGAGUUGCUCUUUGGUGUGCCCUCCACCCUCAAGACGCAGUGGAGGCAUCAACCGAAGGCUCUAGUCACCGGCUGCGUCACGUACGUCGCUAAUUAUCUGGGCUCGACCGUCGUCAAGGAAUUACGUGGUACUGAGUCGACGAAAAAGUCGAUACAGAAGCUGAAGAAGACAUUUCGAGAACCGAGAGUCACUCUUGACAUUAUGCUGGCGAUUUCUUAUCGUGGUGUUCGUUUUCUCAACACGUUGACUAACGAGCCAAUUUGCGAGCACGAAAUACGCAAUAUUCAUUGCGCCUGUCAGGAUGCUGAUGAUCUUACUCACUUCGCGUACAUUACAAAGGAUCACGCCAGUAACACUCACUUCUGUCACGUAUUUUGCGUCCCAACAAUGGAUCAAGCGACAGAGGUGAUAUUGACUUUGGGUCAGGCUUUCGAGGUAGCUUAUCAAAUGGCAUUAAGGGACAAGAUCGGUGGCCACGCGAUUCGAUCUCAAUCUGCCAAUCAACUAACAACGCUCGCCGGAUCGUCCAAGUCGACGACCAAAAUGUCCGUGUCUCCCGAUUCCGCAUCCGAUCCCAUCAAUCGAGACACUACGGAUCACGCUACGAUUCUGAAUUCCACGGCGUGCGCGAAUCCCAAGAUGAAAUCGCGAUCAAAGUCCACACCAAAUCCGAAUCUCCAUACCGUUAAUCCAAAUCCAACGCAGGAUAGUAACUCCAAUUCCAGUUCCAGCUCGACGGCCACCGCGAACUGCAAUCCAAGCUCGAAUUCUGCCUCGAGCCCCAGCACGAACUCGAUCACCAGCUCUAACUCGAACAGCACCACUAAUCAGACCACUAAGCCCUUGGUCACCCAUGGCCGUUCUCAUUCCGUCAACGACAUCAAGGUAAACGGUAAUCAAUUGAAGUUAGCACCGGCGCCGGUAGACGACAUUGGUAUCGGAGUGAAGGAUAUGAAGCCCGGUUCUAGAGCCCCGAUCGCGCUCUCCGAGGAGCUCUAAGUUCUGAAUCUCUUCGAUACUUCUACACGAAAUACGUCGCGAUCGUAUAAAUGACAGAAAUCUUCUACUUCUCGAUUCCCAUUCAACAAAAUAGGAAUUGCAUAAGCAAUAGAAGUAACUGUCGUAACGACUUUUCGACUUUUCAAUUUAGCAGCAUAUUCGAUGACAUUUAUAAUGAACGUGCGAGACGGUUGCAUGUCGUUAUUCGCAAAAUUCGCGUAAACAGUUAAGCGAAGUAUCAUUUAUAUAGAUACGCGACUCGCGCGAUUUUAAGAUUAAUAACGAUUGUAAAACGAUAUUCUCGCGAUCGAUUCCUGAUAUUAUACAAUUAGCAAUUAGUAUGGUUCCUUAACGCGUAAGAAGAAACGUCUUUGCCAGAAAUGUCUUUUAUCACUUUUUAUCCGACUGGACUUGAUACCGUCACAUUUCCAGUGACGGAUACAUAUACAUAUGUAUUUAUGAUGACGUGUACACACAUACACGCAUCUAUCGUCGAAAGGGCAAGUGUUUAGUUAUUACGGGAUUUAACGAAUGACACAUGGCCUCGGGAAUGACGAAGGUAAGUAGCGCUGUCGCUAUAUUCUUCAAGUUGAUACUCGACUGAUUUUACAACAGUGAUACUGUGAUCGUGAACUGCGCGAGAUAUGCAUUGGCCAAAGUGAUUCAUCGAGGCAGCUAAUUGAUCGUUUCGCCAGACAUACUUCCGGCGGACGAUGCAUUAGAUCUUUCUUCCUUACGACGUGUCGUUAUAAUAAGCAGUAUUAUUAUGUCACGAUAUUAUCUAGCGAGGCGUGAACUCUCGCUGUAAUAAAAUGGAUGUGCAAUUUUCAAUGUGCAGCUUUAAAUCUGUCGCGAUUACGCUCGGCGGUUUGUAUUCGAUUUUCGUCCGAUGUAUGACUCGAUCGUUUUAUUUAUCUCGGAAAAAGAAUGCUAUUCGUAGCGUUGAUAUUUGUUAGCGGACCACAGAGAAGAAAAAGACGACGUCUAAAAAAUGCGACGUGGUAACAAAUAUGCUCAAUAUCGAUCCCUCGUAAAACGUAAACGGUGACCAACGAAUCCGUUCAUCCCCUCCCUGUCUCGUGUUCCCUCCGUGAUUCUCUCUCAUUCCCCCUUGAUCCCAAGUUCCGAUUUCGAGUUACAAUCGUUUCAAGAUUCUUCAAGACUGAGGGUCCUUAUCUCGUUUUAUAUUUCGUGUUUUUAGUGUAAUUUACAAUAUAUAGGUGGAAAACUAAAUCGAAAAGGGAAAGAUUUUAAUAUAUUUAUUCGCGAGACGAAGCUCGUAAACACGGGUGAAAUAAACGCGAGCGUAACGUCAAAUAUCUACCCGCCCCUUAUUUGAUACUCGAAUAUGUUACUCGUCGAAAAAAAGAGAAACGAAAAAAACGCUCCUUAGACGUGUCGCGAUUGAUCGCGAUUCAAAAUGUCAACUCUGUGUCACUCUUAGUUAGCAAAAAAAAAA